UAUCAACACAACGGAAGAAGAAGCCAAAACAUGGCGGCCCGCACACGGCUGCCCUUGCUGUUCCCCAAAAACCUGCCUCCGUUCAGGCACCAAAAGCUCGUCCACACCGAGGUUGCGGCCAAGGAGCCCGCGUACCCUCCCAUCGUCCCUUCUCUCACGGCAAAAAGCAAGUCGGCCCGUCGGCGGCAGAUUGAGGAGCAUGUGAAAAAGAUAUGUGUCUCCCCGGUGGCGGAGAAGAUCUCCCUCAUCACACGCAUCCAGAGGCAGAAAUUCGUGGUUUUCCCUCAGACUUUCGCCCGGAACGCAGACAGAUGGUACCAGCACUUCACCAAGACCGCGUACAUCCCGGGCCUGCCCGAGAAAUUCGCCCUCACCCCGGAAGGGACCACCGGGGAGAGUGGCUCGUCUUUGGCCGCUGCACAAACCGCAGUGCCGGGGAUUGAAGAUGAGGCGUUCGCGGACAUCCGCUCCUUGGUGUCCCGUGUGAUUUUACAGGAGCACUGGCACAUGAAGAAACGCAAACCUUUCCUGUACCGAAACCAGGAGAUGGUGUUCGGACCUGUUCUGAGGACCCUGGUGACCUCACUCACCCACAGUCUGGCCAAAUACAACCCAGUGCUCCUCAGCUCCAGUCUAGAUAUUAAUCCCCAGGUGAACUUUUAUUGGAGAAGAGGACAGAGGAUCAUCCCAAAGGGGCACCGGAGAGGCAGGCUAGAGCCCACCAGGUUCCAGAUUGACGACCACCCGAACAGUCAGAUUAGGAUAACUCAGCAACUGCCACCGUUUACGUCGAUGGAGGCUUCCUAUGCAGCUGAAGUUCCAGAGAUCACGUUUGCUCCCAACCUGAUGCCUCUGUUCAGAAGACAGUAUGACAACAACAUCUUCACAGGUUCUAAGCUAGCAGAUCCAGCGUGCUAUGGUCACACUCAGUUCCACCUGGUUCCUGACCGGUACCACAGAGACCGGAUGGUUCGGCAGCAGCAGUCUGACCAGGUGGAGGUCUUCCUCAGAGCCAAUGCUCUCGCCAGCCUCUUCGCCUGGACAGGAGCUCAGGCCAUGUACCAGGGUUUCUGGAACCACGAGGAUGUCACCAGGCCUUUUGUGUCCCAGGCUGUGAUCACCGAUGGCCAUUUCUUCUCCUUCUUCUGCUACCAGCUCAACACGGUGGCCCUCUCUGUGGAAACAGAUGCCAAUAACCCCAGGAAAAACCUUCUGUGGGGCACAGAGAGCCUGCGACUGUACGAGAGCGUGCAGGACGGAGAGGUGGUGGGCCUGAAUGACGGUGUCAUCAAGCUGCUGGUUCAAUUCCUCAUCAACCGACCGUAGGCUUCUUCAGGUGUCCGUCCUCUCUUGUGAUUCUUUGCUUCUUUUUGCCAGUGAGAAACGUCUGUGUUCUCCAAGGCAGAGGAAGAUGCAGGACGUCAAGAUAAAGAGCUGUUCAAGAGCCGACAUGGCAGAGAUGGGGAAGUUUUGUCAGACUGUACAAAAUGUAAUUUUCAAAGAAGCAGAAAAAUCUGUUAAACAGGUUUAUGAGUUUGAAAACUGAACAAAGUACUGAAAAAUACUAAACACACAUCACUGGUUAUUAUUGUGCAAAUUGUAUUUAUGCAAAAAUAAAGUCAUGCUUUACACAA